AUGAACUCUUGCUUCGAAAUUUUACAUGAAUCUUCACAUUUCCUUUUUCUGUUCGUAUCUGGCAGCGGAAUAAAUUUUAUUCCGUUUAAAAUAGCUGUAAUAUUUCAAACACAUUCUCUGAUAGGGUUUUUCUCUAUGUUGGUUAUGUUUAGUUUGCUUAGUUUAGACCGAUUAAUUGCAGCGGCUUUUCCAAUAUACUAUAAGAAUCUAAAGAAGAAACACUAUAUUUAUUGCCAUGCAUCAGUACUAAUUACUGUUAGCUGUUUCAUACUCUAUAGAAUGAUAUAUGUUGCUAUACAAUAUCCUGACUGGCCAGUAACAGGAAAUAUAGCUGAUACCUUGGCUAUGAUUACCUAUGAUAGUAAAAUUAUGAAUUUUUUAUCGAGCCUGUAUAUGUACAUACCACCGCUAUUUUGUUACUUUUUGCUUGGAUUGAUUCUAAUAACUAAAAAAGGUAUUAAUUUACUGGGAUUUUUCCUUUAUCUUCGUGUGAGUUGA